AUGGUGGCAAGCAACGCGCCAAAGGACAUGAAUAUACCGCCCGAUGCUAACAGGCUUCCAGAUUCCUCCGAACUCGUCCAUGUCCUCACAGAGACGAAACGUCAGAUUGGUGUCGUCAGUGCCUUCUUCCUCAUCUUCAACCGUAUGGUUGGGACCGGCAUCUUCGCAACCCCAAGCACCAUCUUCUCCCUAUCCGGCAGCGUUGGUCUGAGCCUCUUUAUCUGGGUUGCUGGAAUGAUCAUCGCCAUGUGCGGUAUGGCCGUAUAUCUGGAGUUUGGCACAGCUAUCCCCAAGAACGGGGGUGAGAAAAAUUACUUGGAAUUUGUCUACCGACAUCCCAAAUACCUCGCCACGGGAUUCUACACUGGAUAUGUCGUCCUUCUCGGUUGGGCCGGAUCGAACUCUGUCAUCUUCGGAGAGUACAUUCUCCACGCCGCCGAGGUCGAAGUGAACAGGUGGAAUCAGCGAGGAGUCGGACUGGCCUGCAUUACUGCCGCUUUCCUCAUUCAUGGAUGUGCUCUCAAAUGGGGACUGAGGUUGCAGAACUUCCUUGGCAUCAUUAAGCUCAUCAUUGUGCUCCUGAUUGUCGUGUCUGGCUGGGCUGCUCUCGGUGGUGCCCUGAAGGUGCCGAAACCACACAACUUUGAUAACGCAUUUGAAGGAACCACUGGCAGCGCGUAUGGCGUCGUCACUGCUCUGUAUAAUGUGAUAUGGAGUUAUAUCGGAUACAGUAACGCAAAUUACGCCUUGAGUGAAACCAAGAAUCCAAUCCGCACCCUCAAGAUUGCAGCACCAGCGGCGAUUAUCUUCGUGUCGAUCAUCUACAUGCUUGUCAACAUUGCCUACUUUGCUGCUGUACCUAAAGAAGAGAUUGUGUCUUCCGGCCGCAUCCUUGCAGCAUCGUUCUUUCGCAAUGUCUUUGGCCACCGGGCCGAACGGGCACUUUCGGUGUUUGUUGCACUUUCCGCCUUUGGCAAUGUUCUCAGCGUCAUCUUUUCUCAGGGUCGUCUGGUCCAAGAACUGGGACGUGAGGGGAUCCUUCCAUUCUCCCGCUUCUGGGCAAGCAACAAGCCAUUCAAUGCGCCUCUCGCUGGCCUAUUCGAGCACUGGUGUGUCUCAGUGAUAAUCAUGCUUGCACCUCCCCCUGGAGACGCAUACAAUUUCAUCCUCAACGUCAUCUCGUACCCUCUUUCCGUCGUCAACGCCUUUGUCGCCGCCGGGCUUCUCUAUCUCUACGUCAACCCACACCGCUGGGAAUGGUCGCCCCCCUUCCGCGCAACGUGGCCGGUCGCGUUGCUCUUCUUCCUCAGCAACUUGUACCUCAUUGCCGCUCCGUUUGUGCCUCCCAGCAACGGACAGAACGUGUACGAGGACCUCCCAUACUACCUGCACUGUGUGGUCGGCAUCGGGAUCAUUGCCGCUGGAGGAGUCUACUGGCUCGUCUGGGCCAUUCUGUUGCCGCGCCUCGGCAAGUACGAGCUGGUGAGACAGGUCGAGAUCAGCCCGUUGGACGGAUGGGAGAGGAAUGUCUUUUCCAGACGCAAGCUGGGCCGAGGAGAAAAGCCUGGACGGAGUGCGAACGUGGCUGAAUUUUGA